CCACAGCGCGCACCAUUCUCCACUGUCCAAGGAGAUCAAGCACCAAAGCCAAGACCUUUCUCUCUCUCUCUCUCUCUCUCUCUCUCUCUUCAUCUUUCUCUUUCUCUCACUUUUUUUGUUGUUGUUGCGGUUUGGUUAUUCCAUCGGUGUGUGCGGUUCGGGUUUUCAUUAUGGAUCCGGGUGGGAUGAUGAACGAGGGUUCCUUUGCGAAUAAUGGGAGCGGCAAUACGGCGCCGUAUAGCUUGGCGGAGAUCUGGCAGUUUCCCCAAGCGAUUAAUGGCGGCGGAGGAUUGGGUCUCCGGAGCCCGCAGUUCGAACAUGGGCCGGGGCAGUUUGGGGAUUUGCCUCCCAGGCCCAACAAUGGGCUUGGGACGAGUAACACCAGAAAGCGGCGAGACUCAGAGGACGAUUCAGCUAAGACCGUGUCCACCAGCAAUGCCGUGAAUGAGGGUGAUGGAAAACGUGUUAAAGCAACGGCAAAUGGUGAUGGUAAUGGUAAAGGUGAAGGAGAAGUCAGUUCAGGAAAGCCUGCGGAGCAAAGCGCAAAGCCUCCAUUGGAACCUCCCAAGCAAGAUUACAUUCACGUCCGAGCCAGAAGGGGUCAAGCCACUGAUAGCCACAGUCUUGCAGAANCU